AUGGAGGUGACAAGAGCUGCCAUCUUGGCUCUCUCUCUGCUCGUGGCAUUUGGAUCAUCUAGUGCCAAAGUUGAGGAGGAGAACCCGGAGUUCUGGAGGUCACAGGCCCGGAAGACUUUGCAGUCAGCGUUGGACAGGAAGCUCAACACCAAUGUGGCCAAGAACAUCCUGUUUUUCCUCGGAGAUGGUAUGGGAAUCACAACCUACACGGCUGCUCGUAUCCUCAAGGGACAGCUGCAGAACCAGACAGGAGAGGAGACAGUGAUGACCAUGGACACCUUCCCUAAUGUGGGACUAGCUAAGACCUACAGCGUGGACUUCCAGAUUGCAGACAGUGCAGCCACAGCCACAGCGUAUCUGUGUGGAGUGAAGACAAACCUGAACACCAUCGGAGUGAACGCAGCGGCUCGCAAUGGGGUCUGCAAGUCUCAGAAGGGAAACGAGGUCACGUCCAUCCUGAAGUGGGCCAAAGAAGCCGGGAAGUCUGUCGGCAUUGUAACAACCACGCGGGUGCAACAUGCCACCCCAGCGACCAGCUACGCCCACAGCGCCAGCAGGAAGUGGUACAGUGACGCUGACAUGCCGGAGUCUGCCAAGCAGCAGGGCUGCACAGACAUCGCCUCCCAGCUCAUCACAAACACAGACAUAGAUGUAAUCAUUGGUGGCGGUAGAAAGUACAUGACCCCGAGGGGCACCAGGGACCCGGAGUACCCCAUAGAUUACUCCUCCAGGGGCAAGAGAAAAGAUGGACGCAACCUCAUCGAUGAGUGGAAAAAAAUGAAAAUUGGAAAGGUAGCCAACUACGUGUGGAACAAGAAGGAUUUCGAUGCUGUGGACCCUGAAACCACAGACUACCUCAUGGCUCUGUUUGAACCUGGUGAUCUGCGCUAUGAGGCCGAUAGGGACUCAAACAUGGACCCGUCGAUUGUUGAGACGACAGAAAAAGCCAUCCGCAUCCUCCAGAAAAACCCGAAAGGCUUCUUCCUGCUAGUGGAGGGAGGCCGUAUCGACCAGGCUCACCAUGACGGUCGGGCGUACAUGGCGCUGCAUGAAGCGGUUGCUCUGGACUACGCCAUCGCCAAGGGCCUUGAACUCACCAAAGAGCACGAAACUCUCACUAUAGUGAUGGCUGACCACUCCCACCCUUUUACCUUCAACGGAUACCCAUUUCGGGGGCAGAGCAUUCUGGGUCAAUCUCCUCUGUGGGCUUCAGACUUUCUGCCUUACACCACACUGAUGUACGGCAACGGACCCGGACACAAAAAGAUCAACGGCUCGCGUCCAGACAUCCGCGAUGUCGACACGAAAACUAAAGACUACGUCCAGCUGGCUGCCGUCCCCACAGAGUCGGCCACUCACAGCGGGGAGGAUGUGGCGGUGCUCGCCCGUGGACCCAUGGCUCACCUCUUCCAGGGCGUCAACGAGCAAAACUACAUCGCCCACGCCAUGGCCUAUGCUGCCUGUGUGGGAGCCGACCUGAGGCACUGCCAGGGGGAAACUAAACCACCUGUGGGCCACACCACCAUAACUAAUGUUGAGAACGGAGCCGGUGUAGCUUAUGGCUCUGCAGCUCUGCUCAGUAUCCUCCUCAGUGCUCUGCUAACAGUCACUGUGCUGAUGUAAGGUCCUUUUCCUCAGUAGACCCUAUUGAUCUCACUCCAUUUGCCAGAUCAGGGAGGUCAGAGGUCAGGGUCACAGAGGAGUGAGCAGGGAUUUGAUCAAAGAUGCCUCAGCCCUGAACCAGGGUUAUUUAGCGUCUUGCAUCUUGUGAGAGAAUUACAUCCUUAACCCAUAAGAACCCAGACCCAGUUAUCCAUAAAGGAAAGUUAUGGGGGAAAUA